CCACCAGCACUCACAGUGAGACAUCAGCUGUCUCUUCUGCAGAUGUCAGAGCAGGGAGGAAACCAGCGGUAAUAUCCAUUUAGGAACCGUUGCGAUCCCGUUGACCUCAUUGAUGGUAAGCUGCUGUUCAUGUCUCCUGAACCUCAACAAAGCUCUUUGAGAUGGCCACGGUCGAGUUAUAUACCAAGGGCGCGACGGUGUGGAUCCCCGACCCGGACGCUGUCUGGGUCUCAGCCCAGAUCCUGGAGACCUACAGAGCCGAGGACCAACACCUGCUGCUGCUGUUGAAUGAUGGCAGGGAGGCCCGCCUGCCGGCCGCGGCCCCCAGCGAGCUCCCUCUCCUGGGGAACCCCGCCAUCCUGGAGGGGGCCAACGACCUCACCGCCCUCAGCUUCCUCCACGAGCCCGCCGUGCUGCACAACCUCCGGGUCCGCUUCCUGGACUACAGCAGCAUCUACACCUACUGCGGGAUCGUGCUGGUCGCCAUCAACCCCUACGACCAGCUGCCUGUGUACGGCAAGGAGGUGAUCGACGCGUACAGCGGCCAGGACAUGACCGACAUGGAGCCCCACAUCUUCUCCGUGGCCGAGGAGGCCUACCGCACGAUGACCAGGGAGGAGGAGAACCAGUCCAUCAUCAUCAGCGGGGAGUCGGGGUCGGGGAAAACCGUCUCCGCCAAGUACACCAUGCGCUACCUGGCCGUGGUGGGGGGGGCCUCGGAGCAGACCAGCGUCGAGGAGAGGGUGCUGGCCUCCAACCCCAUCAUGGAGUCGAUUGGAAACGCGAAAACCACUCGCAACGACAACAGCAGCCGCUUCGGAAAAUACAUCGAGAUCGGCUUCGGGGUGACGGGGGAGAUGUUGGGGGCCAACAUGCGGACCUACCUGUUGGAGAAGUCCAGGGUGGUGUUCCAGGCUCCGUCGGAGAGGAACUACCACGUCUUCUACCAGCUGUGUGCCUCCCGGGCGCUGCCCGAGAUGAGAGCUCUUAGACUCGACUCUGCACAGCAUUUCCACUACACCAACCCGGGAGGAGACAUGGAGAUACCGGGGAACGAUGACAAGGCAGACCUGGAGCGCACCCGCAAGGCCUUCACCGUCCUUGGGGUGCGGCCCCACCAGCAGAUGGAGCUCUUCACCAUCCUGUCAGCUGUGCUGCACUUGGGGAACGUCGACAUCCAGGCCAGCGGCAGAGGGGGCGAUCGCAGUUACAUCGACCCAGCAGACAGAUCCCUGGCCGUCUUCUCCAUGCUGUUAGGAGUGGACGGGCCCCAGAUGGCCCACUGGCUGUGCCACCGCCGGCUGGCCGUUGGGGGAGAGAUGCUGGUGAAGCCCAUGGCCGGUCAGCGAGCCCUGGAGGCCCGGGACGCCCUGGCCAAGCACAUCUACGGCCAGCUCUUCACCUGGACGGUGCACCGGCUCAACGCCGCCCUGCACGCCCCCCGCAGCCGGCCCAAGUCCUUCAUCGGGGUGCUGGAUAUCUACGGGUUUGAGACCUUUGACCGAAACAGCUUUGAGCAGUUCUGUAUAAACUACGCCAACGAGAAGCUGCAGCAGCAGUUCAACCGGCAUGUGUUCCAGCUGGAGCAGGAGGAGUACGUCCGGGAGGAGCUGGCCUGGAGCAGGAUAGAGUUCAGCGACAACCAGCCCUGCAUCGACCUGAUCGAGGGACGCCUGGGACUACUGGACCUGUUGGAUGAGGAGGGCAGGAUGCCAAAGGGCUCCGAUGAGAACUGGGCGAUGAAGCUGUACGACCAGCACUACUGCUCCAACCCUCACCCGCACUUCAGUAAGCCUCGGCUGUCCAACAGCGCCUUCAUCCUCCUGCACUUCGCCGAUGAAGUUCAAUAUGAGUGCGGUGGCUUCCUGGAGAAGAACAGAGACACCGUGUUUGAGGAGCCUAUCAAUAUCCUCAGAGCGAGUCAGUCAGAGCUGGUGGCCGAGCUCUUCCAGCACCCCGCCCCGGGGGACUGUGAGGCCGUAGCAGGCGGGACUUCCUCCUCUCCGACCAAUGGGAGCCUUCGAUCGGGGAGGAGGAGCCACAAGGAGCACAAACUGACCGUGGGAUUUCAGUUCCGCCAGUCGCUGCAGCAGCUCAUGGGCACGCUGAACAGCACCACCCCUCACUACGUCCGCUGCAUCAAGCCCAACGACCUGAAGGAGCCCUUCCUGUUUGACCCCAGGCGGACGGUGCAGCAGCUCCGGGCGUGCGGGGUUCUGGAGACGGUCCGCAUCAGCGCGGCCGGUUUCCCCUCCAGGUGGACGUACGGGGACUUCUUCCAGCGCUACCGCGUGCUGCUGCUGCGGGGGGCCGCCCCCCCCCGGGACCAGGAGCCGGUCCAGGCGGCGUGCCGGCGCGCCCUGUGUAGCGAACCCCAGCCGGACAAUGAUAACAUUAGCGCGGCUGUACAGCAACAACACAUUUAA